AUGCCUAUUGUGGUGAGUUGUUUUUUAAUAUAGUGUAAUCAAUACGAUUCUUCCUCACGGUGAAACAUUAUUUCUCGAAAAAUGCAAAUAGUUUUGCCCAAAUUUCCAUAUCUUUUCACCCUUUUUAAUCUUCUCACACAUACAUAAACGUUCCGAUUGACCUAUUUAUACCAGGGUUGCGAAAAAUAUUUCUGUUCAUCAAAUUAUUUUUUUUUUUCAAAAUUGUCACAAACAAAUAAAUAAAGUCUUGAUUUUCAGAACAUUCCGAUUAAAAUCCUCGGUCAACCGCAUACAACUCAUAGUCGAAGUAAUUCAUCGUCUUCUGUUGAUACUGAUCGAAUUCAACCUCAGCCUCAGCCUCAAUAUCAACCAAAUCUUCAAUCACAACAACAGCCUAAUCAGCCACAACAACAACAACAACAACAACAAAAUAUGCAUAACAAUUCUGGAUUUUUCCCAUCACGUUCUCCAAUCCCUGAUUUUCCAUCAAACUUUCCUUCAUCAGCAUUUGAUAAUGAUCCAGAUUGGCCAAAUUUCCCUCGUUUUCCAUCGGAAUUCGGAAACCACCCAGGAUUCUCAAAUUUUCAUAAUUUUGGACGAGAAGGAGGACUUUCACCAAAUCCACAAAUGUCGAACUUCGCUAGACGAUCACCAACUCCAGCAUCGCCAACUUCUACAUUGAGAAGAAAUUCAGCGAAUCAACAACAGACUCCAAAUGUGCAACAAACUAGACCGGAAAGUUCUUUGAGACCUGAAAGUCGGCCACAAAGUAGACCACAAUCAAGAGCACAAUCGAGACAAGGAAGAGAAAAUAAGGAAACUGAGGUGAGCAUUUCAGAUAGAUUUUUUUGAAAAUGAGAAAAAAAAACCAAAAUCGGAAAAACGUUUUCAAUCCAAAAAUAUGUACAUAUUUCAGACACCAGAACGUCCAGCUGUCAUUCCACUUCCUUAUGAAAAAGUUGCUCGAUCAACACCAUCCACUCCUCCAGAAGAAAAUAUCGCAAAAAUAAGCAUUGGAAAAACAGAAUGUGCAAAAUGUCCAAUUUCUCAAGAAACAGAUGGUGAUCCAUCUCCACUUACUUCACCAAUCGAAGGAAAAAUGAAACGCGGCAAAAAACUUCAACGAAAACAAUCAGUCGUAGAUUUCAAUGCAAAAACUGUUGUGACCCUUGAUCAAAUUGAACAAGAUGUUGAAAAACUUCGAAAACGAGCAGCUGAAAUGGAAAUUGAAAAAGAACAAAUAUUAAAGAAACUUGGUGAAAUAAGUAUGCAUAGUAAUAUGUUGAGACUAGAAGAAUGUGAUCGAGAAGAAAUUGAGGCUGUAACAAGUCGACUUUUGAAAAGAACUCAAACAGUUCAAGUAAGUGUUGAAACACCAAGAAAUGAAGAACAGAAAAAAGCAUUGGAACAAGUUUCAACAAUGAUUGAUGAAGUUGAAAAUUUGAUUAAAACCGAUGUUGAAAAAUCGAAAAUCUAUCUUCAAACUUAUAUGAAUGCAUGUGCAAGCGAGGAAACAAAUGGAGCUGUUUGCGCUAAUUUCUUGAAAAUUGUAAGUUAUUUUUUUUUGAAAAACUAUUCAUAUUUUCAAUAUAAUUGUUUCUAGAUCAUUCAAUGUGCUGCUGAUGAUCAAAAACGAAUCAAACGCCGCCUUCAAAAUCUUCAAUCUCAAAUUGAAAAUGCUGAACAAACUCGAGCUGGACUUCUUGAUGAAGAUAGUAGUGAAUAA